UAGUGUGUGUGUGUAUAUAUUCUAAGAAACUGCUUUACGUUAUUAAUUGUCAAUAAGUUUUUGAUUCAGCAUGUACGUCGUUUGGGCUAUAUAUGUGUUUUCUAUUAUCCUCACUGUGAAUGGAAUUUCAGUUGAAAGAUUCUGUCCUGUUAAUGAAGAGUAUCGAUGGGAUAGUUACGAAUCCACUUGUGAUAAAGUACUGCAUAGAAGUUGGACUUUAAAGAAAUGGGACGGAUGCUUUUGUAAAAGUGGUUUUAUACGAGAUGAAAAUACCGAUUCGUGUAUAACUGUAGAAUCGUGUAGCGAUAGAGUAUGUAAAGAAGAAAACACAGAAUUAAAUUUAUUUGGUCGAUUAACGGUAUGUAAUGGAUCCGGAAUUUCGUCUUCUAUGACGUAUCCUCUAGGAUAUUUUCCUAUAUGUACUUGCAAAACUGGAUAUGCUAUAAAAAUCCACAGGUGCAUCCCUAAAUCGGAAUGUACAUAACGUGUUAUGAUGGAGUGGAAUCUUUUGUAUUUAUUGUAUAUAUAUAUAGAGAGAGAGAGA